UGUGCGCAUGCGUUAGCGGAAGCUUAAUACCAGGACGUGGCAUCUAGUUCGUGUAAUCGUGAAGUGUCAAAGUUUGUGUGUUGUUAUCAUUUAUAUCACAAUUAUUUUAAGACCGAUAUUUCCAACGAAAUCAGUAUUUAAUGCGUGAUCAAUUGUGAUGAAUCCCCAGUUUCCGGGACAGUAUGGCCAGGGGCCACCAGGUGGUUAUUCAGCACCUGUGUCUACUGGAUAUGGUCCACCAUCUUCAGGUCCACCUGGAUCUGGUCCAAAUAUGUAUAAUGGACAGCCAAUGCAAGGGCCUGGCCAUUAUGGAGGUCAAUCAAAACCUGUACAAAAUGGACCAGGAGGAUAUGCUGGCCCCCAAGGUGACUUGGCAUAUGGGGCUCAAAGACCAGGUAUGCCUGGGCCAAUGCCUACAUCUGGUGCAGCACCACCGGGACAGAUGGGUGGGCCAAGAGGCCCUGGACCUCAGAUGGCACCUGGUCAGGGACCACCCCAUCCUGGACAAAUGGGAGGAGCAAGAGGGCCUGGCCCUAUGCCUCAAGGACAGAUGGGUGGACAGAGAGGCCCAGGCCCUUUAAUGUCCCCAGGUCAAGCCCCAAAUCAGAUGAACAAUCAAAUGAGUAACCUCAGUAUUUCUGGGCAACCACCAAGAGGUCAACCACAAAUGGGAGCAAGACCACCAGCAAGUUCUACACCUAGUUAUAUGCCAGGUCCUUCAAGCAGCAUGGCAGGACCCCCAAGUGGAAUGGGUGGUCCUCCAAGUGGAAUGGGAGGUCCACCAAGCAGUAUGGCAGGAGCCGCAAGUGGAAUGGGAGGUCCACCAAGUAGUAUGGCAGGACCUCCUAGUGGGAUGGGAAGUCCACCAAGCAGUAUGGCAGGACCUCCUGGUGGGAUGGGAGGUCCUCCAAGCAGCAUGGGUGGACCUCCAAGUGGAAUGCGAGGUCCACCAAGUAGUAUGGGAGGGCCUACAAGUAAUAUGGGAGGUCCCCCGAGCAGUAUGGCUGGACCACAAGGUUAUAUAGGCGGACCUCCAAAUAGUAUGGGAGGUUCAAAUGUCAUUUCUCAGCCAUCAGACAGCUACACUACGCCUGCAACAAGUGGGUAUGGACCUCCUCAAGGAAUGCAGCCAUCAGGGUUCCCACCACCUCAAACUAGUAUGGGUCAGCCUAGACCAGGGAUGGGACCGCCAGGUGGUAGUAUGCAGCGUCCACCAAUGGGCAUGCCUCCAGUAUCCAGUACACCAGGGUCAUUUGGACAAGGUUUUGGUGGACCAUCUCCAAUGGGGCAAACUCAGCCAGGACCACCAAUCAGUAUGCCUGGUCCAGGUUACAACCAACCAUCAGGGUUCCCUCCAAUGACCGGUGUAGGUCCCGGAUAUCAAGCCCCUGGGGCACAGGAAAUGUCUCAUGGUCAGUUUGGAGGUGCCCCGCAGCCACAGUUUAAUCAAGGGUUCCCAGGAACACAACCAUUACGACCGGGAGCUCCAGGUAUGCCGCCUGGUGGAAUGCAACCUGGUGGUAUGCAACCUGGUGGAAUGCAGCAACCUCCUCAAAAGAAACUGGAUCCUGACCAAAUGCCAAGCCCUAUUCAAGUAAUAGAAGAUGAUAAAAGAAAUAGAAGUGGAGUGUUUAACACAGCUAGUAAAGGUGGUGUUCCACCAUUAGUUACUACACAAUUUACAACACAAGAUCAAGGUAACUGUAACCCAAGGUUUCUACGCUCCACCAUGUACAAUGUGCCCUGCACUUCUGAUAUGCUCAAAAACAGCCAUAUACCAUUUGCUUUAACUAUUUCACCAUUUGCCAAACUACAGGAUGAUGAGAAUCCUCCACCAAUAGUGAAUCUUGGAGAGUUAGGUCCAGUGAGAUGUAAAAGAUGUAAAGCAUAUAUGAAUCCUAAUAUGAUGUUUAUAGAUGGUGGACGGAGGUUUCAGUGUGUCUUCUGUGGUGCUGCGACAGAUGUUCCGGAUGCCUAUUUUGCCCAUUUAGAUCACACCGGUAGAAGGGUGGAUAGUUAUGAUAGACCAGAAUUGUGUCUGGGUUCCUAUGAAUUUGUUGCCACAAAAGAUUAUUGUAAAAACAGUGUAUUACCGAAUGCCCCUGGCUUCGUAUUUAUGAUAGAUGUGUCGUAUAAUUCAGUGAAGAGUGGAUUGGUUCAUUUAAUCUGUGAGAGAUUAAAGAAAGAUAUCCUUGUUAACCUACCAAAAGAUUUGGGCGCUACACAAUCAGAAAUCAGAGUAGGAUUUGUUACUUAUGGAAAAGAGAUUCAUUUUUACAAUGUUAAGGGAGCAUUGGCACAGCCACAGAUGUUAGUGGUGUCUGAUGUAGAAGAUGUGUUUGUACCUUUAUUAGAUGGAUUCUUUGUAACCUUAGAGGAAUCAGAAUCAGUUAUUGACAGUUUACUAGCCCAGAUUCCCCAAAUGUUUGGAGAGUCAAGAGAGACGGAGGUGGUUCUAGGACCAGUGAUCCAGGCUGGCCUGGAUGCACUGAAGUCGGCUGAAAGAUCAGGCAAAUUGUACAUAUUUCACACCUCUUUACCUAUUGGAGAAGCCCCUGGAAAAUUGAAAAACAGAGAUGAUAGAAAACUCUUGGGCACUGAUAAAGAAAAGACUAUACUGACACCACAGACAAAGUUUUACAGUCAGUUAGGACAGGAAUGUGUGGCAGCAGGUUGUAGUGUGGACAUGUUUUUGUUCCCUAACUCUUAUUGUGAUGUAGCUACCAUCUCUGAGAUAUGUAGACUCACAUCUGGAAACAUGUAUAAAUACAGCUACUUUCAGGCUGACCUUGAUGGUGAUAGAUUUAUAGAAGAUCUGAAAGCAAAUGUUGAGAGUCAGUGUGCAUUUGAUGCUAUAAUCAGAGUGAGAACAAGUCAAGGUAUUCGUCCAGUAGAUUUCCUUGGAAACUUCUAUAUGUCCAACACUACAGAUGUAGAAAUGUGUGCUGUAGAUAGUAAUCAGGCAAUAGCUGUAGAGAUAAAACAUGAUGAUAAACUUAAUGAACAGGAAGGUGCAUUUGUUCAAGUGGCAGUGCUCUUUACAAGUGUUAGUGGACAAAGACGUUUAAGAAUUCAUAACUUAGCACUAAACUGUUGUACGCAGUUGGCGGACUUGUUCAGAAAUUGUGAAUUGGAUACUUUUAUAAAUUAUAUGUCAAAAUUCGCUAUUAGAAACACAUUAAAUAAAAGCCCUCGUGAGACUAGAGAACAUAUAAUGACAGAGGUAGCAAAUGUAUUGGCGUGUUACAGAAAGAAUUGUGCCAGUCCAUCGUCAGCAGGUCAACUCAUACUUCCAGAAUGUAUGAAAUUGUUACCUCUGUAUGGGAACUGUGUCGUUAAAAGUGAUGGAAUUCAAGGAGGUCAAGACAUAUCCACAGAUGAUAGAAGCUAUCUAAUGCAUCUAAUCAACGCCAUGGAUGUCAAAUCAUCUUGUGCAUUUUUCUACCCAAGACUUAUACCAUUACACAAUUUAGAAAACACAGAAUUACCUGUAGCAUUGAGAUGCUCUUCUGAAAGACUGAUGGAUAAUGGUGUCUAUCUGCUAGAAAAUGGUGUAUCAAUGUUCAUGUGGAUAGGACACAGUGUAGAUCCAGAAUGGGUACAGAAUGUGUUCAGUGUUCAAAGUGCAGCACAGAUUGAUAUCGAUAAGUGUCGUCUGCUAGAGCUUGAUAAUGACCAGUCACAUAUUGUUAGAGAAGUUAUACAAAAGGUACGAGCACAUAGAAACAGAUAUAUGAAGUUAACAAUUGUAAGACAGCGAGACAAACUGGAGCCGUGGUUCAAUCACUUCCUGGUGGAAGACAAAGGACAGAAUGGCAGUGCGUCAUACGUAGACUUCUUGUGUCAUAUUCACAAAGAAAUAAGGAACUUACUUAGUUAGAUAAUACCUGUGAGAAGUUGAUGACAACAUAUUGUGAUAUACGAGACGGAAAUUCAUCUGUGACUUGAAACGUUUCUGCCAUGUUGCCAAAGUUUAUCGGAUUUAAACAUCUGGCAAUUGAAACUAUUGAUAUAGUACAGCAAAGUUUUUUUUAAAAAAGCACAACAUUGAAAUGGUUCAGUGAUGUGUUGUAUAAAAAUGGUUGAAAAAAUCACAGUUGUGAAAAUGUACAACACAAAACAGAUUGAAAUGUGAUGAUUUUAUUUUGACAUAAAUUAUGACCUGUACAACACUAAACAGAGAAUUGUGAUUACUGAUAAGUUUUGAUUGGAUGAAAACUCUUCCUUUCUUUCUUAAAUGGCAUCGUCAACACAACAUAAUUGUUAUGUAUUACUUGUACACCAAAAGACAUGAUUUAUGCAAAGGUACUUUCGAAACAGCCCUCAUUCUUGUAUCAUAAUGAUGCAUUUUUAACACCCCUGCAUGAAUGUAUUUAUUAUUACAAAGCAAUAUACACUCUUAUAAUUAUAUGUGAUGUCCACAUCAUGUCACAUACAAUAAAUAAUAAAAAAAAAAACAUGACUCUUUAAGUU